AUGGGUGGAUUUUUCUCUAAACCACGACCACGUAACUUAAAACCUAAAGUCAUAAUAAGCCGAAGCCUUUCUUCCAAAACAUCCACUCGCUCUUCCUCUGUCAAUUCAAUGUCAUCGAUUCCUUCCACUAACUCUAAUGAUACACCUAAUUAUUUUAGAUAUUUUAAAGAUAUCUAUGAAUCAUCAGAAACAGUAGGAACAUUAAAUGGAACAAUAGAUGGUUUGCAACUUGCUCAUUACUUGCUCAGAGGUUUGUGGGGAGAUAAUUAUUCAGCACCAGUUGCUGAUAUUUUGAAAACAGAGGGAUCUCGCGUCCUUGAUAUUCGUUGUGGUCCAGGUACUUGGAUUCUCGAAAUGAGCGAUGAAUUUCCUACGUCUUAUUUCACCGGUAUAGAUGUCGAUAAACUAUAUCCAACUGAAAUAAAACCACGAAACGUCGUUCAGGAAAUUAUUAGAGUUCUUAAGCCAGAAGGGCAUUUUGAGAUCUCUCUAAGUGAAAUACAUUGGUACAAUGGAGGUCCAAUUGCGAAGCAGUGGAUGACUACCAUCACCAAAGAGCUAAAAGCCAAAAAUGUUGAAUAUACAUCCGGUUCUAAAAUCAUCGAAGCACUUGAGAAAACUGGUAGAUUCUCUCAAAUACACAUCGAUGAAAAGAAUAGUCCAAUAGGUUCAUGGGGCGGUAGUGUUGGUGAAACGUCUCUAUAUAUUCUAAAAGAUUUUAUUAAAAACUUAAAGCCAAUUUUCGAGAGUAUAAUAACUUACAAUAAUGAAAAAACUUAUGAAGAUAUGAUUAAUGAUUUAAUCAAUGAAAUUGAAGAGCAAAAUAUGUACUUUAAAACCAAAAGAUUUUGGACUAUGAAACAAUAA